AUUCAACCCUUCCCUUCUUAAUUUUCACAUCUUCACAUAAAUAUAAAUAAAAAUAAAUAAAUAAAUAUAUAUAUAUUAACACCCCUCUCUUCAUUCUUUACCAUCUUCUCUCUCUUUCUCUCUAAAAAAAUAAAAAUGGUAAGCAAACUAAGAAACAUUGUUGGAGCACUAAAAGACAAAGCUUCCCAAACAAAAGCCUCUCUUCUCUGCACCACCACCACCGCCACCGCCACCGCCACCACUCUCACCAUCUCUCCCAACCUCGCCGUCCUCCGCGCCACCCCUCACAACCCUCCCUUCGACCCACCACACCCUCACCAUCUCUCCACUCUCCUCUCCUUCGGCUCCUCUCCCCGUCCCGCCGCCGCCGCUCUCCUCUCCUCCCUCAUCUCCCGUCUUCUCUCCACUCGCAACGCCUCCGUCGCCCUCAAAUCCCUUCUCGCCCUUCACCACCUCUUCAUCCACGGCGCCUUCAUCCUCCGCGACCAACUCUCCACCGCCCUCUCCCGCCCUUCCGGAUCUCGCCACCCUCUCCAUCUCUCCUCCUUUCGUGACCCUUCUUCUCCUGAAUCCUGGACCAUGUCUUCCUGGGUCCGCUGGUUCGCAGGUGUUCUCGAGCUUCUCCUUGCUUCCCCUCUCUUCACCGAUGGCGACGACUCCAUUUCAUCUCUUCCCAAUCCCGAUCUCCUCAGUGAACUCACCUCCCUCGUUGAACUCCUUCUCGAGACUCGCCGUUCCCCUCCGUUCCCCACCUGGGAGGACAACGCUCUCGUUCGCGAGGUUGUCCGCGUCGUCGCCGGCGAUUCCCUCGCCGCCAAACACGCCAUCCUCUUCCGAGUCAGAGAGGUCCGAGAGCGACUCGGUUCACUGGAUUACGCUGACUCGGUCGAGUUGCGUUGCUUGUUGAGAAGGUUAGAAGAUGAGGAGGUUAAAGAUAAGGAGGAGGAGCUCUCAACACCGUCUGAUCUUAAUCGUGGGGCUGGAGAUUCGUUUUGGAAUGAGAUCAAGGAUGUUAGAGAGAGGAUUGGUGAGUUGGUACUGAAGAAAGAGUUCGACAAAAGCCGAGUGGGACGAGACCGCGUUGGCGAGUCGGAUCGGAUCCAUAUCCGGUUCGGGUUUGUUGAACCGUCCCGGUUUGGCUCGUUUAGGUUGUAUUAAUUAUCAUCAUCAUUAUUAUGAAGUUAAACUCAAAGUUAAUGAAUCCUUUCAUUAUUGA